AUUGGACAUUGGAAGUUGUUUCAAUGCAUCACAGAACACUGCUUAUAUCAAUAAAGCCAGUUUGAGCUCGUUGCUGGGUAGCUUUAUUUGCUACAGUGAUGUCUCUCCCCGGGGUCGGGGAAGUAACAUCCGACACAACCUUCUUAUUAAAAGUGAUAGAAGAAUAUGUAGACGGCCCACCAUGGACUCAGGAAUAUUCAAAAAAUGAUGUUAGAGUUUGGUCUAAAGGCUCGGAAAAUGAAAAAAUCAGGGCUUUCAAAGCGACUGCACUUUUCAAGGGAGUUUCCGGAUCCGAGUUAUUUGAUUGCAUAAUGGAUUCUGAAUAUCGAAAGCAGUGGGACAAGUCAAUGUUAGAAAGUUACGAACUGUGCCAAGUACACCCUCAAAGUGAUAUAGGGUACUAUUCUCUUCGUUCACCUCCAGGAUUAAAAAAUAGGGAUUUUGUUCUUCAGAGAUCAUGGGAAAAGUUUGAUACGUAUUAUGUAAUCGCCUGUCACUCCGUAUUUCACAAGGGUAUUCCUGUCCGAAAACAAUAUAUUCGUGCAUUAUCCCAUAUGAAUGCUUACAUUAUUCGUGUACUUGGUACAGAUUCCUGUGAAAUGACUUAUGUCACUAAUUGUGAUCCACGUGGCAAAAUACCAAUAUGGGUCAUUAAUAAAGCUACCCAAUUAAUGGCACCUAGAGCAAUACAAAUUUUAUAUAAAGCAUGCAUGAAAUAUAAUCAUUGGAAAAAGAAAACCACUAAUCCAAAUUACAAGCCAUGGUUGCAUCCGGAUCAAUGCAAUUUGCCAUUAUUAUGCUGGGAUGAUUUAGAACAGACCACCAAUUUGGGACCGAUUGAUGAUGUGAGCGAUGGUACUGCUGCCGCGGCGGCGGCGGCGGCGGCGGAGUCUGCUGCUACAUUGUCAUCGGCUGACGACGAGUCAUCGAUCCUGUUGAAUAGGAGUAAUAGUUUCAUUGAUCAAGAUGAAGAACAAGACACCGAAACUGACUUGGAAGCAUUCUCUGCAUUGGCUGUCGACGACCAACUUCAAUCGUGUGUCACUAAUGCAACUUCCAUUGCUACCGUGUCGAAUUCUGGCUAGAGAGGAGAGAAAAGUAGUCAGUCCGAUCAGUCAUUUACUUGUCUGUUUGUAAUGUUAAUGUACUGUAAUUUAAAACAAUCAUCAUCUCAGCUGUCUGUGUGUGUGUCGGGGGAAUUGGAAAUUUUCCCGGGUUUUUUUUCUCUUUUACUGAAAACACGUUUGUGCUGAUUGUUUGAGAUUUGAUUCGUGAGUGAUAUACAUGUGUGUGGUAGUACCCGGCCAGUCAGCUAGCCAGCCAACCGCCAGCUUUGUUCUAUUUUUUCUGACAAAACAGGAGGAGAGUAAACACAUCAACUGCAUUCUUCGCUCUGUGAAGAAUGUCGAGACAUGGUGAUUUUGCUAGUAGUGUUUCACAGUGUAAAUAUUGAUUGUCUGCUUGUGUAUGUAUGCGUGUGCUUGUGCUCUCCCUUAGAUGUUGUUGUACACUACGACUUACUGUUGUAUCAAAAGCUAAAUGCGAUUAUGAUUUCUUACUAUUUUUUCCUGUGUAAAAAAUGUCAAACCCGAGAAAAAAAACAGUUUAUUUUGAUAAGUUCAUAUUUCUUCCACAAAAAUGUAUUUCUGAUUCAUAUCAAUAUUAUGACAAGUCGAAUGACAAAAAGUACGCAAACACACACGCGCGCGGAGAGAAGAAGAGAACGAGAGGAGGUGUCGGGAACAAUGCCGGAACUUGUUUGUAUUCCUCUCCCACUCUCUUCUGCACAUUCCUUCCCUAUGCCAGUUAUCUUCUCUUUGCCCUGUGAACAACCUCCCUUGUGCUGUUGUUGUUGUUGUUGUUGUGGUCAUGUGUGUGUGCGUGUACUGUGCAUAGAUUACAAAGUACUUUGUACGCGUACUAUGAUCGACGAACUGUAUUUUUGAUUUUCGUUCAAUUUCCUUUUUUUUUCUCUGGUAUAUUUUUCUAAAAAGAAAUAUUUGUUUAUUCCCCUCCCAACAAUGAUGUUUAUUAAUAAUUGUGUUUUUUUUCUAGAGUUUUGUUUUAAUUUCAAUGCUGUGUUAUGGCGGGAUUUUUGGAAUUGUAUUCUUUCUCUCUCUCUCUCUGAACUCCUUCUUCUUAUUUUUUGUACAUUGUG